CAUAAAAGAGCCGUGAGCUUUUACUUUCAUCAGCACUAUAACGGAUCUCUCUGCUGCAGCACGUCUCCUCUGAGAGUAUUUUCUGUCACUGUCAUGGGAGGUAACUCUUCUGCACCAUCUACUCAACCAGCUCCACAACCUUCUCCACCUCCACAACCUUCUCCACCUCCACCACCUUCUCCACUUUUAAGAACUCCAUGGAGAGAAAUAACUUGGGGAGGCAAUAGUGAUGCUCUUCAGUACUUGAAGGAGUUUCAGCCUCACAAUGAAGAGGCAACUCACAUCAGAGUCCUGCUGUACGGUCCAGUCGGUGUGGGGAAGUCCAGCUUCAUCAACUCCGUCAACAACGUCCUGCAAGGCAGAAUGACCAAUGAGGCUCUGGCCAGUGCUACAACCUCUGAUCAAAGUUUCACCAAGAUUUACAAAACCCAUAAAAUCAAGAAAGAAAGCAGGGGAAACUAUUAUCCCUUUGUGUUCAAUGACAUCAUGGGUCUAGAAGACGGAGAUGGAAGAGGAGUCAGAGCAGACGACAUCAAACUGGCCUUGGAGGGUCAUGUGAUGGAUGGAUAUAAGUUCAAUCCUGUAUCUUCCCUGUGUGAUGGUGAUCAUGGCUACAACUCUUCCCCGUCCAUCAGUGACAGAGUUCAUGUUCUGGUCUGCAUUUAUUCUGCUAAUGCACCACAAAUGAGAUCCUCAGUUUUACAGAAAAUGAAGGAAAUCAGAGAAGCAGCCAGUGAGCUGGGAAUCCCUCAGCUGGCGAUUCUCACUCACAUUGAUGCAGCCUGUGGGGAAACGGAGAAAAAUCUGAAAAACGUCUAUAAGAGCAAACAUUUAAAGAAAAAGAUGGGAGACUUCAGCUCCAGUCUGGGGAUCCCAAUGAACUGCAUCCUCCCACUGAAGAAUUACAGUGAUGAAAUACAACUGAAUCCAGACGUCGACACUCUGAUCCUGAAUGCUCUGAAACUGAUGAUUGACUUCGGAGACGACUACGCCGACAAACUGUGAAGCCACAGAACAUUUUGUGGGGAUAUGCAUGAAAAUCACAGUAGUAAUACAGUUCAUAUCAUUACAUACAGUAGUUGUUGAGGAGAGCUUAGUGGUUGAGCAGGAACUGAGUAUGAAGUUUUCUGACCUUUGACACAUAUGUUUCUUGCUUUUCUCUCUCAGCCCUUUUCUGAUAAAAUAAGCCUUUCCAUGAAAUAAGGAAUAAUUAAAAGGACAAUGUGCUUUUACAAUUGUAACGGUAGAUUUGCUAAAAAAUAAACACUUCUCUGAGUUGCACUCUUCACCAAUAUUCCGUUUUAUCCAUUUGUUUACUGGUCUUGUAUAUUGAUAGAAAGGGCAACACAUUUACACUAAUGUUAUUCAUUUUGUUAAAUGAACAAACUUUUUGUUACAUUAUGUUCUUUUGUUUUUUUUUUUUUUUUAAAUGUCAGUCCUUGUUGGAUAACAAGUGCCUGUAGUCACUCAUAACAUUUUUUUUUUUAGAACUAUGAAUUGUUUGAUUGAUGUCAAAUGCAUUUCCAUUCUGUGUGUCACUUUCCAGCUUGAUAAAAGUCACCACCAAAGUAUUCAAAGUGGUUUUAGGUCAACAUUUCUAUGUUUUUAUUGUUGGCUCGUUCGUCACAGAACAUUUGGAAAGCAAUCUAUAAAUGUGUGUGAUGUUCAUAAGACAAUGUUACAAUUUGAAUCAUGUUAAAUACUCACAUUUUGUAUUGGUCAAUAAAAUGUAGAGUAAUAAAAACUGCAUGAUU